AUAGAAAAUUCCAACGUAAAUAAUUAACCACCUCUCCUCCGCCCCUCUCCAGCUCAUCCUCGCUUGACGCUUCUCAAUCAACAGAUUUAGCCCUAAUGGCUUGUUGCUUAAUUUGCCCCUGAUUAUGCAACAAGUCAUAAUUUGUGUACACAAGAAGGCAGCCAUCUCGCCAAUUUCAGCAAAUCAGGGGUUUUCUUCUGUAGAAACAAUUUUUUUUUUCUGUUAUUCACGUCUCCUAGGAAAGAAGAAGCUUCUUGUUAUAUUGUUGAAGUUGGUUGUAUUAUCUAUUUCUUUUAGUGAACCAUCUUCAAAGGGCUGGUGUCAAAUCUCAUGAAUCUAUGGAUAAGAAGAGACAUAUUACGAUAUUUACUACAGCAAGCCUUCCAUGGCUAACUGGAACUGCUGUGAACCCUCUGUUUCGGGCAGCUUAUCUUGCAAAUCUUGAUGAAAGAAAAGUGACUUUGGUUGUUCCUUGGUUGAAACUGAAGGACCAAGAACAUGUCUAUCCAAACAACAUCACAUUUGAUUCACCACAAGAGCAAGAGAACUAUGUUCGUCAGUGGCUUCAUGAAAGGACUGGGUUGAAAUCAAAUUUUGAAAUGCGAUUUUAUCCUGGAAGAUUUUCUUUACACAAAAGGAGCAUUCUUGCUCUAGGCGACAUUACUGAAGUCAUCCCCGAUGAAAAGGCAGAUGUUGCAGUUCUGGAGGAGCCAGAACAUCUAACAUGGUAUCAUCAUGGAAAAAGAUGGAAAACAAAAUUUCGACUGGUUGUUGGGGUUGUUCAUACAAAUUACUUAGAAUAUGUUCGGAGAGAGAAGAAUGGCGAAUUCCAAGCUUUUCUACUGAAAUACAUGAACAAUUGGGUUGUCUAUAUAUACUGUCAUAGGGUGAUAAGGUUGUCAGCUGCCACUCAAGAGCUUCCAAGAUCUAUAAUCUGCAAUGUACAUGGAGUAAAUCCAAAGUUUCUUGAGACCGGGGCGAAGAAGAGAGAGCAACAACAGGACGGAAUUGAGCCUUUUACCAAAGGUGCAUAUUACAUUGGGAAGAUGGUAUGGAGCAAAGGCUACAAGGAAUUGCUUAAACUGCUAUCUGACCACCAAAACGAACUACAGGGACUUGAAGUUGAUUUGUAUGGCAGUGGGGAGGAUUCUACUCAAGUUGCGGAAGCAGCGAAGAAACUGAACAUAACGGUCCGAGUUUUUCCAGGACGUGAUCAUACUGAUCCACUGUUUCAUGACUAUAAGGUGUUCUUAAAUCCUAGCACCACUGAUGUAGUCUGCACGACGACAGCUGAAGCACUGGCAAUGGGCAAAAUUGUUGUCUGUGCCAAUCAUCCCUCGAACGAAUUCUUCAAGCAGUUCCCUAAUUGCCGAACAUAUGACACCAGCGAUGAGUUUGUUAAGGAAACAUGCAAGGCAUUGCAAGAUCAGCCAGCUCCGCAGACAGAUGCUCAGCUACACACACUUUCUUGGGAGGCAGCAACCGAAAGAUUCCUUGAAUCUGCUCAGCUCGACAGUGAGGUCAAGAAAAUGGCGAAAUCACCCUCAAAGAAGCUUUUGGCAUCCACAUCUAUUAAUGUGGGGAAGAAUCUUGAAGAUGCAUCUGCAAUGAUACAUCAUGUAGGAACUGCUUUUUUAACCAAAGAACCCGAUGAAGAGAUGCUGCAAAAGGUGGGAUUGCCUGUAUCUGCUAAAAAACAGUCGAAUCCUUCAAGAAAAUGGGCUUUCUAAACUCGACGAUUUCCUGCACAUACUCCUCUUCAGAAGCAUAUUGUUCUGAUUAAUUUGAUGUAGUUCUUGCCAGUUAACAUGCCUUGAGCAACGACCUUUUAUUUGUCUGUCUUGUAUUGUCUUUCCCUUUGUGUUUGUCUCAUAGUACACAUUUCAGCUUUGUAAUUCUCCCAAUUGACAUAGUUUAAUAAAAUUUCUUGACACUACAUUAA